AUGGCUUAUGUGUUCCGGAGAUGGAGGGUGUUACUGGUGCUGAACGUGCUCACGGUGGCCGCGUUCAUCACUUUCUGGGCCAAGUGCAACACCCGCAGCAGCGUCCCGACCGCCGCCGGCCCGGAGGCUGCUGCAGACGGGAGGAGGGCCCCGGGGAACGGGACCUCGCUGGGGCCCGGCAUCAGCCAUGAGGUGCUGCUGAAGAGGCUCAGCUCUCUGGAGGAUGUGGUGUACCGGCAGUUAAACGGUCUGUCCAAGUCUCUGGGCCUGAUAGAGGGCUUCGGGGGUCGGGGUAAGGGCGGCCUCCCCGCGACGCUGGCCACCGCUGAGGAGAGCGACGCCAAAUACCUGUGGGAGAAGUAUGGCUACAACGCAUACCUCAGUGAAAGGAUCUCUCUGGACCGGAACAUACCGGAUUACCGGCCUGCCAAAUGCAGAAAGGCCAACUUCCCAAGAGAUCUCCCCCAGAUCUCCCUCAUUUUCAUCUUCAUCAACGAGGCUCUGUCGGUGAUCCUGCGCUCAGUCCACUCAGCUGUCAAUCACACGCCGGCUCACCUGCUCAAAGAAAUCAUCCUGGUGGAUGACAACAGCGAUGACGAGCAGCUGAAGGCUCCGCUGGAGGAAUACGUCAACAAGCGCUACCCCGGCCUGGUGAAGAUUGUCAGGAACCAGAAGAGGGAGGGUCUGAUCCGGGCCCGGCUGGAGGGCUGGAAGGUGGCCACCGGAGAGGUGACCGGGUUCUUCGACGCACAUGUGGAGUUCACCCCGUCCUGGGCCGAGCCGGUUCUGGCCAGAAUCAAAGAGGACCACACAAGGAUUAUCCUGCCGUCCAUCGACAACAUCAAGCACGACACGUUCGAGUUGGAGCGCUAUGAGAACUCGGGCCACGGCUACAACUGGGAGCUGUGGUGCAUGUACAUCAACCCCCCCAAACAGUGGUGGGACGAGGGGGACACAUCGGCUCCCAUCAGGACUCCUGCCAUGAUUGGCUGCUCCUUCGUGGCCAAUCGCAACUACUUUGGCGAGCUGGGCCUACUCGACUCCGGCAUGGACAUCUACGGAGGAGAGAACAUCGAGCUGGGCAUCAGGGUGUGGCUAUGUGGAGGCAGUAUGGAGGUGCUGCCUUGCUCCAGGGUGGCUCACAUCGCCCGGAUGAAGAAACCCUACCUCAGUAACAUCGCUCUGCACACACGGCGGAACGCUCUGCGAGUGGCCGAGGUCUGGCUGGACGAGUACAAGUCCAACGUGUACCUGGCCUGGAACAUCCCCAUGGAGAACCACGGUAUUGAUUACGGAGACAUCUCUCAGAGGGUGGCUCUCAGGAAGAGGCUGCAGUGUAAGAGCUUCGAGUGGUACCUGGACAAUGUUUACCCAGAGAUGAGGAGGUACAACAACACGGUGUUCUACGGAGAGAUUCGUAACUCCAACGCCAGCCACCUGUGUAUGGAUCAGGGUAUAAAGGAGAACCACACGGCCACCCUGCACCCUUGCCACGGCACGGGGCCUCAGAUAGGGCGGUUCACCAGGGAGGGCCAGCUGUUCCUGGGGCCCCUGGGCAGCACGGGGGACGAGACCCGCUGCGUGGUGGAUGACCAGACCAGCAGUCUGCCUCAGCUGCUCAACUGUGACAAGGUGACCAACGUCAGGCAGAAGACCUGGCACUUCUCUCAGAAUGACACCAUCAUAAACCGAGCGUCAGGGCGCUGUCUGGAGGUGGCCAGCAGCCGCCUGGUGCUGGGGCCCUGCUCCGGACAGAGGUGGCUCAUCAAGAACACCAUGAAGCAGUAGGGGCCAAUACCCCCGGGACCCCUGACCCCAGGGGCCGUUAAGAGGCCCCUGAGAUCUGCCUCUGCCAAGGCACAGCAGGCAUCUCAAUAAGUGACAGAGGAGACCUCUCAGUGAUGCAAGGCUUGUGAAAAAUUACGUUUCUUUACAAAGCGGACAUUAAAAAUAAUGCAAGUUCAGAAUGAGGACUGUAUCUCUCCACCUGACCGACUUCUGAUGUGACGUUGCCAUAAUUCCUGUGCCACGUUUUGUCUUAUGUGGAGGAGAAAUAAGGUUUUCUGCGUCUUCAAAAUAUGUGUGCAUUGUUCCAUUCUGUAUCAUGUAACGUCUUGGAGAUAUGUAAAAGAAUAAAACCCCUGAAAUUACAUUUUCAGAAAUGAUCAGAAUCCAUCGUAGUUUGUAAUGGGCUUCGUUAGUGGUUUUAAUCUCAAGUUACCUUGAAAUGAGGGACGCUGCAUUACAUUUUGAACAUAAAUGCCCCAUAGUGAUUUUUAUAAUCUUCUGAAGGGAGUAUUGACCCGGUAAAUAUCUAUAAUUUGAAGAAAAAGGCAUUAACAAUUAAUAAUGCUUGUUCUAUCAGAGCCUUAUUGUUUUGCAGUUAUUGUGAAUCAUAAAAAAAACUGGGCUGGAUCAUGGUUUAAUAUGUCGUGGAUGUUUUUUUUUAUUGUAAUUUUUCCAUUGGAUAGCACCAAAUGCAGUACAUCUUGUAGCAUGAUUGUACGUACUGCACACGGGAAGAGGGCUGAAAACAGGCUGCAGACAGGAGGACUGCAGGACAAUUAUCUUCCAAUAAACUACUGAAUUCCAGUUUUUGCAUGGUUACUGUUUCCCAUAAUAGAAUGCUUUAAUAAAAUUCUAAUAUGGAGAAAAAAAGAGUUUCUGAUAAUGAUACAAUAUUAUUCAGUUAAAAUAAAAUAAACUGUUCUAAGCCUU